AAUUUUUAGGGAUGGCGUCGUCCUCACAGGGAGGAGGCGGGGAGGACGACGACGACGACGAGGGCGUGUGUAGGAUGAGCGUGGAGCUCCGCACGGGCAGGGAUGAGCUCCAGGCGAAUAAGAAGAAGCUGCGAUUGUCGCUGGCAUCGCUGCCGCGAGCUGCCGUGGCGCGAGCUGCGAUCUCGCUCAAGCGCGUCAGGGUAAACAGGGAUUCCACCGCGCAGCUUGCGGUCUUCAUGCUCAAGGUCGGGGCGCUCGAGGCCUUGCGGCGAGGUCUCCAGCACCGAUGCCCGCCCCUGUGGUGGAUCAUCCAGGCGAUCCCUCUCUUCCGCGCGCCUCCAUUCGCGUGGCUCCAGCGAUGGUAUCCCUUUCGCUGCCUGAUCCAGGGCACGCAGAUCUUCUCCAAGCCUGUGGUCUUCCUGUCGAUCGCCACGGCUCUCACGAAUGCGUGGGAUCAGCACGGGCGGCAGGGCGAGGGGAGUAUUUUCCCAGCGCCGCCGCCAUUGCCGUCGCCUCCUCCCAGUCCUCGAUCGCCUUCUCCAAGAUCGCUGCAAGACAGGGAAGACUCCCAGGCGAUGGCCUUGAGGAAAAUGCUGGAAGAACACGGCAUAUUCGUACCCGACAGGAUAAGCAACGAUGAACUGCACAGGUUCUAUCAAGCAGCCAACAAAAGCAACAAACGUUUUGUAGCGCUUGUGAAGAAGAACGUCGGGUGGCGGCAAAACUUUCGAUUCCUUUCCUGCCGAGAGCUCGACGAAUGGUCCGAGCUCGUCUACUGGCACCACCACGACUCCCAAGACAGGCCUUUGCUCAUCAUCCGUCUGGGCCUCGCUUCUACUACGCUCGUUUCGUCCCAGCGGCCACGCUUUGCGCAGGCAAUCGUCUCCCAGAUUGAAUUCGGCGUCGUCAACUUGCUAAGGGGCGAGGAUCCUCGAAUCACUGUUGUCCUCGACUGUGCCGGAGCUCCAGCUGUGGGAUUUCCGCUCCAGAUGACGAAGUCCUGCUGCGUCCUUGUACAGGAUAACUAUCCGACCCGACUUGCCGCACUAUUUAUUGUCAACCUUCCGCCUUUUGUUCGAGUAGUCGCCACCGCGAUUGUUCAGAUUCUCAAGCCUGCCACCCGCGACAAGAUUUAUGUGGAAAGCGACGACUGUGCACGAAUCCUGGCGGAGCAUUUGGGUGGACUCGAUUGGGUUCCGAUUUACCUCGGGGGCAACUGCAAGUGUUCUCUUUGCAACGAGGCUCGCGCUGCCUUGGACGAGGAAAGACAGGAUCGUCUACACGAGCUGGUCCAAGGCGUCGGCAACAAUCGUCAGCAGCAACAGCAAACCUCUUUCGGACAAAGAGAUUAUCUAUUCAGUGACCAAGACGAGGAGGACGUGACUCCCUUCCAGUCAUGCACUCGAGUUCUGCGAGUGGCCAUCAUCGGCCUGCUGAUGCUGUGGAUUGUGGUCGCCCUCGUCGCUGGUUUGUACGAGCCUCACCUGGAUGAGCUUCCGACUUGAUCAAUCACAGGCGAGAUUCUCUCGAGUUUUAUUAGGUGGUAAAACCCGUAAUAAGUGACUCGUUUGCCGUUUUGCU